AGCCCCGCCCUCCUCAGCUCCGCUCCUGGAGGCCCCGCCCCAGGAAGACCCUUAUUCAAACAGCGCUCCGCUCCUCGGCAGAUACGGUCUGCCAGCAGCAACCACAAAAGUCUGGUCCCUGUUUCUCCCAGUGUAGGGCUGGGUGUCCGAGCACUUGGGCCACGUGGGGAGGAAACCCUUAAAGUUCCAGAAGGCUACUGGACGCCAUUCCGGACAGUCAGUGAAUCUUCUCGCAGCAAUUGGCAGAACCAUGGCAACAACUCCUGAUGCUGCUUUUGAGGCCCUCAUGAAUGGAGUGACCAGCUGGGAUCUCCCUAAAGAAUUCACUCCCAGUGAACUCCUUCUUAUUGGAGAGGCAGCCUUCCCAGUGAUGGUGAACGACAAGGGCCAGGUGCUCAUUGCUGCCUCUUUCUAUGGCCAAGGCCGCCUGGUGGUCCUAUCCCAUGAGGGCUACCUGCUGCAUGCUGGCUUGGCUCCAUUUCUUCUCAAUGCAGUGAGCUGGCUCUGCCCCUCCCCGGAGGCUCCCAUUGCAGUGCAUUCUUCCUUGGCAUCCUUAGUUAACAUCCUCAGGGACUCUGGGGUAAACGCACUGGUUCAGCCUGAGCCUGGAGAGGCUCUGGGAGUUUUUUGCAUUGAUGCCUACAAUGACACCUUGACCGAGAAGCUAGUUCAGUUUGUGAAGCAUGGUGGGGGCUUGCUCAUUGGAGGCCAGGCCUGCAAUUGGGCCAGUCAACAGGGGAGUGACAAAGUGCUGUUCAGUUUCCCUGGGAACCAGGUGACAAGUGUGGCUGGAGUGUACUUCACUGAUGUCUAUGGGGGUAUAAACCGGUUCAAGGUCUCUAAGAAGGUACCCAAGAUCCCCCUCCAUAUCAGGUGUUGGGAGGAGCUCAGGCGUGACCAGGAGCAGCUUCUGGAUGGGAUCUCUAUGUUGGACAUCAGGACUGGGGGUGUCCCCUCACAGCUGUUGGUACAUGGGUCCCUGGCCUUCCCUGUGGGCCUUGAUAACUCCUUCCUUAGCUGCUUCCUAGCAGCUGCCCGCUAUGGUUGUGGUCGGGUGGUGUUGGCUGCACACGAGGCCAUGCUCUGUGCUCCUAAAAUGGAACCCUUUUUGCUCAAUGCUAUACGUUGGUUGUCCAGAGACCAGGGAAAGACUAUUGGGGUGAACAAAAGUCUCAAGAAUCUGAAUUCCCUAUUGUUGAAGCAUGGAGUGAAGUGCAGCCUGGAGUCCCAUUUGACCAGUGAUAUGGGUGUCUACUGCUGUGUAGCUUAUAGUGACCAGGAUGCCAAGAAAAUACAGGAGUUUGUAGCAGAGGGUGGGGGGUUGCUCAUUGGUGGUCAGUCCUGGUGGUGGGCUUCCCAGAACCAAGGCAGCUCUGCAUUGCGUAGUUUCCCUGGGAAUGUCGUCCUCAAUCCCUUUGGCCUCAGCAUUUUGCCUCAGACCAUCAGCCCAGGCUGUUUCCCUGUCCUUCCUAUAGACAUAAGGAACUACCAUUUUCGAAGGGCUCUUUCUGAGUUCCAGGCUAUGGUGAACCACAAGGGUGGGAACUUGGAAAAGAAGUAUUUUGGAAAAUUGGGAGUAGAUGGAGCAGGCUUUCUUCAGAUUCCUGCAAAGGGAGUUCCUGCUUAUAUAUCUGUGCACCGGAUCCUGAGGAAGAUGCUACGUCAGGCAGGCCUCCCUGCUGUGAGCAAGAAUAACCCGGUGUCCAGUCAGUCCUGUGAGGCUGCACUGCUCUGUCUAGCCACAGAGCUGGCACAUUCUGGGACUGAUUGCUCCCAGAUAGCUCAUAACCAUGGCACUCAGACCUGCUCCUCUGAUCUCUGCUCCUCAGAACAUCCCAUUACAGUGGAGAUCAAUGGAACCAACACAGGUGACAGUGAUGUCUGGAUGAGUACUGGGCUCUACCUCCUGGAAGGACAAAGCACAGAGAUUUCUCUCUCUGAACCUGCUGCCUCGGCUGGCCUGAAGGUGCAGAUCGGAUGUCACACUGAUAAUCUCAGUCAUGCCAGACAGCUGUUCCGAGCCCCUGUGGUAACGUAUCAGUGCUGUAUGGACAGAACCCAACGGUCAGUCUCCUGCCUCUGGGGUGGUCUCCUGUACAUCAUUGUGCCCAAAGGCUGUCAACUUGGCCCUGUAUCUGUCACCAUCACAAAGGCAGUGCCUGCCCCAUACUACAAGCUAGGUAAGACAUCACUGGAGGAGUGGAAGAGCUGCAUGCAGAAGAACCUGGGGCCCUGGGGAGAGUUGGCCACAGACAGUGUCAUCCUGACAGUGCCAACCGAAAGCCUGAAGAAUCUGGAAGAUCCAGCUCCUCUGCUCCAACUCUGGGAUGAGAUUAUGAAGGCUGUGGCCAAGCUGGCAGCCCAGCCCUUCCCUUUUGAAAGGCCUGAGAGAAUUGUCACUGAUGUUCAGAUAUCAAAUGGCUGGAUGCAUUCAGGAUACCCCAUCAUGUGCCAUGUGGAAUCUGUGCAAGAACUAGUCAGUUUGGCAGACAUAAGAAGUAAGGGCCUAUGGGGACCCAUCCAUGAGCUGGGCCACAAUCAGCAACGCAGUGGUUGGGAGUUCCGCCCACAUACCACCGAGGCCACCUGCAAUCUCUGGUCAGUCUAUGUUCAUGAGACAGUCCUGGGGAUUCCCAGAGCUCAGGCCCACCCUCAACUGAAACCUGAAGAAAGAGAGAAGAGGAUCAAAGAACACCUUCAGAAGGGAGCACCCCUGAGUGACUGGAAGGUUUGGACAGCACUGGAGACAUAUCUGCAGCUCCAGGAGGUCUUUGGGUGGGAGCCAUUCAUGAACCUCUUUGCUGAAUACCAAUGCAUUGUUCACAUCCCCAAAGACAAUGAGAGCAAGAUGAACUUAUGGCUGAAGUUGUUCUCUGAGAAAGUGCAGAAGAACCUGGUUCCUUUCUUUGAAGCCUGGGGCUGGCCUAUCCAGAAGCCAGUGGCUGAAGCCCUGGCCUGCUUUCCUUCCUGGCAGGAUCACCCCUUGAAGAUGUACAUUGGGAUGGAGUAGUAGGGGCUGUGGAGACAGUUGGGGUGGGAGAGGUCAUUGGGUAGGGGAAAUGGGUGGGAUAAGGAAGGACCACAGUACUAGCUUCACUGUGGUCUAGCUUGAGACACUCACUGCUUAACUAUUUUUCUCUACUGUUUGAUUUUCAAAUAUAUUUUGGGCGGUUUUAAAUAUCAUUCCAUGCUUUCUUGCAAAAACUACUUGUGAUAGUGAACCUAGUGAAUGUUCCUUUCCACAUCCCAUCAGCAUAUCCCAAACUCAGGGACUUUUUCCUCUGAUACUACUUGUAUCCCUUGGCAGCUUCUUGGCACAUGAAAAGCACUAAAAAAAUACUUGCUAUAUGAAAGAACACUAAAGUGUUGUGACAUAGAAGGAACAGUCAGUGCAUGGUCCUAAGACUGUGUACAGCAUUUUCUCUGAGUUACUGGGAUAAUCUUCCACCAGUUAAUAUCUCCUUAUCGUACAGGAGAAAAUAGCAUGGAUAUUAAACAACUUCUGCAGUCAAGACUGAGAAGAGAAAGUGUCAAAUUUCACAGAUGUCCAUAAGGGUGAUAAACUGUGGAUCUUAUCCUCAACGGAUUGAGAAUGUUAACAAAACUUUGCCCAAAAGAUACAUGAAAGUUUAUUGACCUUUACUUGCUUUCCUGUGUUCAUUAUUGAAAUGUGACAAAAUACCAAAUUGGAUCUCUAAAUGUUUUGGUAAUUAAUCUUCUCUUUACGUUGCCAGACAUUCAUUUGUCUUGGAAGGAACCUGGCCUUGGGAAAAAAAUUUAAACCAAGGAAAUUCAUUUUCCAAACUGGUGAUCAUCUUCAUUGUGAUGGGAGGGAGAGGUGAGUAGACAGAUAAUGCUGGAAUUGGGGGGUUACCUAAGAGAUCAGACCAAAUCCUAACCUUGUGCACACCACCUCUCUGGAGGAUCUGGAGCCCUGUGGGGUUUUCUUCUCAUUCCUGAAAAGAGAUCCUGGCUCUGCCUCUCGUUUUUAUGCUCUUGGUUAUCUGUGACUGCAAUACCCACAGAUUAUGCUUGUGUACAUAAAAACAAGACUUUUUUCUGCUCAAAAUUUUAUAGUUCUGUGUUUAGAAAUCUUAUUUAGGAAAAAAAUAUUGAAGAGUAUUAAGCUCAGUCAAAGUCUCAGCAUAAGUGGGGUAGGGAUCAGGAAGUCCCAUCCCUAGUUGGAGAUCUGUUGGGAUGACUGCUGGGAGGAGAGUCAGCUUUCGUCAGAUAUGUGGUCCCUGAGAGGCUACCCAUGCUGUACACCUGCACUUAGCGCUACAUAUAGGCAGCGCUAAGGGAUUCAGUGAGCUGUAAAAGAAAGCACAUGAGUUUAGGUGGAAAUAGAUAUGUAGGACUAGGAGAUGAAUGAGAAGGACAUGCAUUAUGGUUUUGAUAAAAGCACCUUAUAUCCAUGUAUGGAAUUUUCAACGAAUAAAAAUGAAUAAAAAGCUAUAUGUAAAUCCA